CUUUAACACAUUAACAUGCUAACCAUUAUUCGGUUUAUAUGUUAUAUCUUAAUAAUAAGAUAAAAAUGUGUUGUAAUUGAGUGGCAGUAUAUUGAAAGAAAAAACAAUAAAUGCAUAGUACUAUAUAUCUUGUGAUAUUUGAAAUUCUGACAUUAUACAAUUCAAUAUCCGUUUUAACAUCAUCAUGAUAUUGAAUUAAAAUAAUGAUGUUUAAGAACAUUGACACAUAAUUAAUUGUAAAAUUAGAUGCUUUGUUUUAUUUAAUAUUUUUAAUAAUUAAAAUAUAUUUCAUCAGAAACCUUUUUUCUAACUUUCUUCAUUGUGUUAAUUCGAAUUAAUGAGAAUUUUCGAUCUACGAUAAUAUAAAAAAAUAUAAAAGAGAUCUUGUGUGUAAAAAAUUUUACGGUCUCGAGAUAAUUUUCAGAUAGAUUUUGAGAUUUAUUCAUGCAAUACACUACUUAAUGCGACUUCUCGAUAAAUAUCUGUACGGAAAAUUUUGAAUAGUUUUGUCACAUAAAAAAACAUUUGUGGUAUUAUUACUGAAAUUUUUUUGACCAAAGUUGCUUAAUUGCUAUUUAAUUACGCUUAAUUAUUUAAAUUUUCAAAAUAUAUAUACAAUAUGUCAAUGUGUUAAUUAUGUCCUUAUCUAUAAAGUUCUUAUCUUUCGCAAGGAUUAGUAACCUUUAUGUAAGAAGUAUUUGAGAAAAUAUUAGUAAACGCACACAUAUAUACACACAUAAGUAAGUUAUUUGCUCGUUCUUCAUUUAAUAGAUUCUAACGAACGCACAUUUAUUGUUCUACAUCGUUAGCUUCUACACAUGGGGUUCUUCAGGCGAAGAAAUAUUUCGUUUCAAAAUGCGCGUAGCGAAAGAUUUAUGUGAAUAUUUCGUACAAUCUCUGUUAUACAAAGAGGGUAGUUUGCAUAUCUAAGAAAGAGAAAUAAUUAUUUUGAAAAAGAACACGGCGCGCAUACAUACUCACAAGUGAGGGAUUUUAAAAUACUCUAAAUACUAUUACGUAUUUAUUAUGAGUAAGCAAUCCAAUCUUAAUCGUCGUAGAGUAUGAUCUAACAUCUCUUAGGCAUUUUUUACGAGGGAUUCAGCAUAAUUUUAAGGUGACAACCUCCAAACCGCUGACGAAAUUCGAAUUUGAUGGCAAAGCUUUUUUAAUGCGAACAUACACUUUUUCUUGGAAUUUCCUCUUUAUGAUUGACCGCAUAUUUUGGGAUCGCAUUCACGGAUAAGAUGAAUUCAACGAAAACGACGAAAUAUUAUCACGAUUAAUAUAAAGAAACAUACAUUUGAUUCAUUAAAUCGUAAUAAAAGUAAAAAAAUAUAUGGCACUUACAUUAAUAAUAUUACAUUCAAUCGAAAUUUUCGAUAUUUCGCGUUAAUUCAAUGAGAAUCUUCUUUAAUCGAAAUGAUGUCAUAUUCUUAUCUGGGAGAUGAGAAUUAUUUUUUCUUAAAUUUUAUUUAAAGUUAGCUCGCGUAGAUCAAAUAAGCUUAUCGAAAAUUUGUUGAUUGAAGAAAAAAAACCAACAUGAAGAGAAAGAGAGAGAAGAGCUAUGAAAUAUAGAAGAUAUGUAUAAAAAUAUUUCUAUACAUGAUAUUGAGAUCUGAUGAGUAAUUGGAAUCAUCUUUUCUCUUCUUGAUACACGAUCGCUUUCAAUAAAAGUAAUUAUCGUAUCAUUCUUUUGAGAUAUAAAAAUCGAUGGACCGUAGAUGAGGGUGGAAACAAAUUGGGGAGAUAUCUAUUACGCGGGUACAAACGACCCGUGCAGAUAAUGAAUUCGAUUGUUUGUCGGUGGUAUUAUCGCCCUACUCCCGGUAAUAACGGCCAAUCGGGUAAAGGGAAGGGCGCCCGCUGUUACAUUCGAAAUAUAUAAAUGGACCAAUAACUGUUAUACCGUCGUUCAGUCGGCCUCCUCGAUUCGUCGGUGAUAAACUGCGGGCGCUUGACUCCUUUUUCCUUUUUUUUCGAAUCUCCCUCGGAACGAACAGAGUUAUUCGGAAAAUCGCAGCGUUACACGCACGAUGUGGUUGUAUCUCUCGAACUUUGCGCAUCUUCUGGUGAUCGUCGCCGUGUUCGGUAUAACUCUUGGUAGCCCUUUGACAUUCUUGCUGCUGACAAAUACAUCGUACACACGGACAAAUGUUGACCAGUCCAGUGCAGCGAAUAGACUGAAAAAUGAUAUUAAACCGGCCGGCGAGAAAAAGAACGGUUUUACGUCGACUUGGACCAGGAUUUUACAGAAUCCGCCAGAUUCCUUGGAAGCCGCCGUCGGGAGUCGCGUCGAAUUGCAAUGCGAGGUAGCUGGAAAUCCGCCGCCCCAAGUCUAUUGGAUAACCGGAAAUGAACCGGAAAGACAGAUUCAGGAAUUAACCACGCGGGUCCAAGAAGCGACCAAUGUUGUAUCCACGGAAUGGGAGGGGGUCAGUCAAGUUUCUUCCACGUACGUGAUCGAUUGCGUCAGACCUGAAGAUCAAGGUUUAAAAUAUUGUGUAUCCGUGUCUAAAAAUAUAGUGGCCCAAUCGGCAGCGACGGUACUCUUAGUUAAUACAACCAGAACAACCAUUUGCAGUAGCGAAAGCCAACCCACCAUCACUUUGCACUCUUCUUGGAGAUUCGCUCUUCAGCAUAAUACGGUGAUUCUUCCGUGCAGAGCCACUGGUCAACCGGCGCCUUAUCUAUUUUGGAUAGAUAAUUUGGGCAACACCAUAAGUUCCGCCACACACGUGAGACAUAUCGUUCUCGCUAAUGGCGAUUUGCAAAUAACGGAUCUCGAAUGGGCCGACAUGGGUGAAUACACUUGCAAGGUGCAAUCGGGAUAUACGGAAAAAAGUGUAUCCACAUUUCUGUAUCCCGUACGUUCCGUACGUAAUGUAAUCCGAAUCAGAAAUAAGACAAACGGAAAAUCCCGCAUAAAAGAGACUUGACUCUAUUUCCAAUGCCUUUUUGCUACAACUCGUGCAUAAGUGUGAAUAACAUCUGUUACACUUAUAAUUUAUAUAUUGUCUAAAAACAGAAUGUAGUUUAAUUAUAUAGAAGUAUUAUAUAUGUAUUAUAGAAGUACUUAUUAUUAUUAUUUUAUUAUUAUUAUUAUUAUUAUUAUUAUUAUUAUUAUUAUUAUUUUAUUAUUAUUAUUAUUUUAUUAUUAUUAUUAUUAUUAUUAUUAUUAUUAUUAUUAUUAUUAUUUUGUUACAUUUACGAUACCAGUGUUGCUUUUUCUUGGGAGAUCAAUAUUUGUACAAUAAAUUCGCUUUCCUCGUUAGGUCGAAGCAUACGGAAGAGCUUCUCUUUGAAUUCACAUCGAAGAAAGUUUGUAGAUGAAUUCAAAGCAGUUUUAAUAAAUGCAACCUAUGCGAUCUGCACUUU